GACGUUACAAUAUAUAACUAUGAAGCAUAAAACGCAAGAAUGUCUUGUACACACAUCAUAGCAAAUCGAUGCAAGCUAUGCUGAACGUGCGAAGUUUUUGUCGGUUAUUGAUUUCACCUGGUAAUCAUACUCUUAACAAUAAGUGUUUUAGUCAGCAGAAUAUUAGCAAGUGGUCUGAUUUCAUUACGAAACGCAGAAUGGAAGCGGGAGCCAUCGCACGUCCGAAUCCUAUCGUUAUGAAGAUAGAUAGUCCUGAAUUUCAUUCCAUUUUUACUCGUGAGCUUCGAGAUCUCAUUGCUUUGUUCAAGAGAUACAAUCACGAGAUCAGAAUUGCUGGGGGUGCUGUCAGGGAUAUACUAAUGGGAAAAUGUCCCAAAGAUGUUGAUAUAGCAACAACGGCUACCCCCACUGAAAUGAAAGAUAUUUUUACGAAGGAAAGUAUUCGAAUGAUCAACAUGAAUGGAGAGAGACAUGGAACUAUCACACCAAGAAUUAAUGAUAAGGAAAACUUUGAGAUCACUACAUUGAGAAUUGAUGUUGUGACUGAUGGUCGGCAUGCAGAGGUAGUGCAUACAAAAGAUUGGUUGCUGGAUGCCAAUCGACGGGAUUUAACGAUUAAUUCAAUGUUUCUUGGGUUUGACGGCACGCUUUACGAUUACUUCUACGGAUAUGAUGAUCUUAACAAGCGAAGGGUGGCUUUUGUGGGUGAUCCAGAUCUCAGAAUUAAAGAAGAUUAUCUUAGAAUUUUGCGUUAUUUUCGAUUCUACGGUAGAAUAGCUGAACAUGAGAAUAACCAUGAUGAAGAAACACUUCGGAUCAUAUCGAAAAACAGCUCAGGUUUGGCCCGUAUUAGUGGUGAACGAAUUUGGGUGGAAUGGAAAAAAAUUUUGGAUGGAAAAUUCGGGUGUGAUUUAACCGUAAAAAUGUUAGAAUGUGGCUUAGGUGUACAUUUGGGUCUUCCUGAAACGGCGAAUGUCGCGGAAUUUGUUGAUACUUAUAAACGUGUUACGUCAAUUACACUGGACAAGAUGCAACCGAUUACAGUGCUGUCGGCUCUGUUGUAUACCCCCGAAGAUGCAGUAACUCUGAAUUUGAGACUUAAGUUUACCGUUUUCGAACGUGAAUUGAUCUACUUUUUAGUGCAAAAUAAAGAAGAAUAUAAAUCUGUCGACACACUUCUUUCAUAUCAACAACUUACUUUGCAAACUCUCGGAAGUGCUAAGCUUAAGAAAGAAUACGUUCUAGAGCUUCUUCGUUAUCACGGAAAAGCAUACAUUUACCAACAACUUAACGAAUGGCAGAUUCCAAGGUUCCCUAUAAAGGGAAACGUACUGAUAGAACAGGGAGCUCCCGGAGGGCAGAAACUAGGUUUAGUUGUGAACGAGCUAAAAAUGAUAUGGUCCACGAAACAAUUUAACAUGACAGAGCAAGAAUUAUUGGAACAUUUGCCAAAUGUUUUGGCUAAAUUGAAACUGAACAGCAAUACAAAAUGAAUAUUA